UAUGUUAAUACAAUAUUACGAAGUAAUCAAAUUAUACGAAUAUUACGAAGUAAUUAAAUUUUACUGAAAUCAACGGCGCUACUGAAAUAAAAAGGUUACCAGGAUAUUAUCCAAUAUCAACAGCUUACAAAAUGUUUACUAGCCUUUAAACACUGAUAGAUUUCUCCCGAAAUCGAUGAAAAAAACUUUCGGUUCCCGUGGCAACAAUAAAAUACUUGUCACAUCUUUUCGUUACCAGCUUUUUAAUAAAAUCUUACAAUUUUUUAAAAUCUCUAACAAUGGAGGCUGGGGCCACCGAAGCAGGCGUUCAAGCGGAUAUUCCAGAACCAGCAAAUGAAGAGGAAACAUUGAAAAUAAGGCCACUUGAGCGAAUUAUACUCAACCCUAAAGUUCCUGUGGAACCCUCAUCGUAUGGUAAAGGGAAGAAUUUUAGCCGACCAUGGAUCUUACAGGAUGGCCGGGAGCCACCCGGGAAGGGCAGCGAAAUGCGCCACAACUAUAAAACUCCUAAGAAAGCGCAUCGAGCGGAAGGUAUCCGUAAAAGAAUGCUCACAGAUUUCUUCUGGGAGCAGAUGUUGGAUGAAGUUAUUGAAGAGUUGGCCACAUCUCAGCCCGUAUCUGAAUAUUGUUCCGAGUAUGACGCUAAUUAUGUAAAGGAUAGUUUUGAACCGCGAAACUUGGAAGUUACUGCGGAUAGAAAUAUGCAUCUAAAAUAUCCGUUGUACGGUACUGGUUCAAGCGCCAUUACAUUUUACAGCGAGACCAUUUCAAAAACGGGUCCGGGUGAAAUUUUGGAGAAAUUCCGGAGGUGCCAAUACUUCACUAAGCCUAUGGAAGAAAGGCUGGACGACGGUUGGGUUUUGUAGAUUGUUUUGCCAUUAUUUAAAGUAUGAACCAUUAUGAUGAAUUUAUUAAAGUAGCUCUUCGAAUAUA